CAGAGGUGUUACAGCAUGUGCUGCUGUGCUCAGCUGACUGAUACGCUCAAGAAACGACUACAGAAAGAACUGUUGGCUUUGCAAAAUGAUCCACCUCCUGGGAUGACUUUAAAUGAAAAGAGUGUUCAAAAUUCAAUCACACAGUGGAUCGUAGACAUGGAAGGUGCACCAGGUACCUUAUAUGAAGGAGAAAAAUUUCAACUUUUAUUUAAGUUUAGUAGUCGUUAUCCUUUUGAUUCUCCUCAGGUCAUGUUUACUGGUGAGAAUAUUCCUGUUCACCCUCAUGUGUAUAGCAAUGGUCAUAUCUGUUUAUCCAUCCUAACGGAAGACUGGUCCCCGGCGCUCUCAGUCCAGUCAGUUUGUCUUAGCAUUAUUAGCAUGCUUUCCAGCUGCAAAGAAAAGAGACGACCGCCAGAUAAUUCUUUCUACGUGCGAACAUGUAACAAGAAUCCAAAGAAAACGAAAUGGUGGUAUCAUGAUGAUACUUGUUGAUGCCACUGUUAUCAUCCUCCUAGCAGAAGAUAGUCCUACUGAGAAAAUGAGCACUUUGAUCAUUCAGUCUUUGAACUUUAACCUUUGACUGGAAGUGACCUAUAGGCAAUGAAGACUACUUCCUUUUACUGCAUUUUUACUUGUGUGCAUUCUGGGCGCAUGUUGAUCGCUGGUUCAGUCCACGCAACUGACAUGCUUUUAUUAGUCAUACAGUAUCAAUGCAGGUGUCAGGAAAUGUCAAAUAUAAUUCCAUUUUUUAAUUUUUUAAGCUUUUGGAGAAGUUCCAGGUCCUCAUGUAUUGUGCAAUAACAAUGAUUCCUUGGUGGUUUCGGUUCGUCCAUUGCCGGCAGUGGGCGUUGCAACAGGAAAAGUUUUCAUUCACUCCUGCCACUCAAUGGCUAAUGCAUGAUGGGGCCUAUGAGAUGGAUUAACUGGUUAUAGUGGAUUAAAUUAAAGUGAGGGAUCCAGCAUUACUUUGAAAGUCACCCCAAUUGUUUAUAUUUGGAUUCUAUGCACUGUGAUCCUAAGGUUAACAGCAUGAAUUUACAUGCGUCUUUAAAUGACUGUAAUGAAAGAUCAUUGCUAUUUAUUUGUUUAUAUCUGCUGUCAAAUUGUUUUGACAUGGAAGGUUUUCAAGUGACAUUGGCAGAGAGGUACAGUGUGUGACCCCUGUGGUGAAAAUAAACUCACUUGUUGUAUAUAGUUCCUCAGUCUCUGAAGUAAAGGUGUGAGUAAUGCAGGUAUGAAUGGUUUAAUCAAGGCUUUACUUCGGCACCAGGAAAAAUGGCGGUGAUGCUUACGUUGCUGCAGUCCGUCAUUUGGGCUUGUUAUUUGUACAUUAAAGACUUUUUCCAAGUAGAUUACACUCUGCUACUUCCUGCUAGCCAUCAGCAUGAGCCCUACUGCCUAAACACUAUUUCAUUUAUUUAUGUUUGAAAAAUCCAUAAACAUUUUUGUUUGCAAUCUUGUUUUUUUUUUGUUAUGUUUUAAGUCAAGUUUGAAUGUUAUAGUACUUUAAUUGAAAAGCUUUUGUCAAGUUUUUUUUCUUGUAAAUUUUCUUUACUUGUGAGUAUCAUCUUGUCCUUCAAUCCUGUACCCUAAAAUAAGAAAUACAUUUUUGACAGAGGCUUAAUGUUUUAACAAAAGAGUGUGGACCUUUUUAUUUUAAAAUUUAGGCAAAAUACACUAUAAGAUGGUAUGUUUGCUUAUUUGUCUCACACAGCCAUAGUUUUUCCUGGAGGGAUUUGUUUUGUUUUUGUUUUCUUGUUGAAAAGACUUUGCUUACAUCUAGAUAAAAUUUUUCUAUAUUAAAAAAUGUUCAAAGACCCCAUUCUCAGUACCAUGUAAGUUAGUGAUACUACAACUAGGUUCUCUUUUUAAAAAGCGAUUACUGUAUUUUAUAAAUUACCUUUUCACAUAUGCAAAAUCUGUUUCUACUAAUGUUAUUUUUACUAAUGCCUUACUGUUGCACUCUUUUUGGAAUAUCCUGAGGUGAAUAGAUUAAUUGAUUGGGCUUAAAAAUAAAAGCCAAUUAGUUGAAAUGUCUGAAAUAUGUACCCCAGUAAAACCAUCCAGUCAACAAUUGGUAAAGAAUAUUUUAAAAUUGUUUUUAAUCUCUGUGUAGAUGGCAUUUUGUAGCUUUUUACAUGUUGUCAAGGGCAUACAGUUUUACACUCUAAAAGUAUAAUUGCUGAACUCAGGGGUGGGUAGACUUCAAAAAUAUGUCUGCUGUAGAAAUAACUUGAAAAAUAAAAUUAAAACCACGGCCAGCCACCAAAUUGUGGACACUCUUCAUACUGCUAGUUAGCAACUAAUGCGUUUUAAAACUUACAGACGUUUUUGUUCUGUGUCAGCUAGUUAGUUUCCACAGUGAUCUCUGUCAGUUUUCUUAGUUAGCUUGUUUAACCUUGAUAGAAAAUCUUGGAAAUAUUCUUAAUUUUUAACUGCCUUUAAUAUGAAAAUUGCAGCAGUAAAUUGUAUUUUCAUAUUUUACAUAACUGCUCAAAACUACUGAUUAACUUGAUCUAUUUCUGGGGUGGGGGUAGGAGCAAAUCUCUCUCCAUGUUGCUGGUCCUCUUAGUAAAAUCCUUUUAUAAAGAAAUGACCCGUGACAUUUAUUCACCAAAGGAAUUGAUAUACCAGGUCAGAGAUUUAACAGUGCUGUACUAUGGAUUAACAGAUCAUAGAAAGCCUCAGUUGGGUUUUUUGUAAUAGUGUUUUUUAACAUACCUCUCUAAAUACAGAUGUCAUAAAAUAAAAGUGUAGGAAAAUAGAGGUAAAACCAAAUAAUUUUGGUACAUUUUAUGGUUUAAAGAGAAGAGCACCAACCAUUCAAAAUUCAUUAUCAGGUUAACAUUACGCUUGUGAAUUUAGGAGAUGCUGAAAACUCUUUUGCACUUAACCUUAUUUAUAUGUAAAGUACAUUAUUAAAAAUCAUAAAGCAUUUCAUUGCUCUGCGGAGCGCAAGCAAUGGCUUCAUAAUAAUAAAAAAAUAUUUCUCAUGUGUGAUUGAAAGAUAACCAGAAUACCAAGAAAUGUACAUAGGAAUAUGCUACUUCCUCUCCCUGCCUUCCCUGUAUGGGCGCAAGGCCUACAGAAUUAUGCUUUCUUACCUAGAGGAUAGGUGUUCUCCGUUUCUCUGUCUCUCUCUCCCUUCCUCUUCCUUUCCCUUUCCUUUUCCUUUUCUUUUCUUUCCUUUGUUUCCUUAUUUAUUUAUUUAUUUUAGGCCAUUCUUCUGAUUUGCCAAAUUCUGUUAAGACAGCGAUACAUCUAGUUCCUUAUUUAUUCACGUUUAGAUCAUGAGCUUGGUGCCCUUUCAGAAAAUUUUCGUCAAAUAGGGGUUAAUGUUGUACGUUCUGAAGAGAAAGGUUGAGUUUUUUAAUGGAAAGUUUUAAAAAUAAGUUUGUGAGUGUUCUCUUAUGGAAUUAAUACUCCCUUCGAAAGAACUCACCGUGGGUGAUUCCUCCUUUUAGCAAGCAGGGAAAUAAAGCAUUUUUAAUCCCCAGAAAAAAGUGUGGAAAAUAGCUUUUUUGGGGGCAGUACCGGGAAUUGAACUCAGGACCUCGCGCUUGCCAGGCAGGUGCUGUGCUUGCUGAGCUAUAUCCCUGGCCCUUGAAAUAGCUUUUAUACAGUCAGUAGUUCAACUGGAGAAGUCUUAAUUCUUGUUGUUUUGACUGGGUACAUAUUUGUCAUAAAGUAACUAAAGUAGUUUACUACUUUUUCCUUUCAGAAUUUUAAGUAUAUACAAAUGUAUAUAUGUCUCACUAGACACCUGUGAUGAACAAUUUGGUCAGGUUCUAGUGUAGGUCUCUAGUGACUAGUGCUUACCUGUUCCCAGAUUGCAUCAAAGUUAAAUUGACAAAGCGGGAAAUGAGUAGAAAUUCGAAACUGGUAUAUAACUUGAUGGUGUUUCUGGUAAUCAAGUCUUAUUUUUAAAAAGCCUAUUGUUUUUGAAAAUUGAGAUAUUUAAAACUUGUGGAGACUUCUUCCUAAAAAUAGAAGAGAAGAGGCGGUACUGUGUAUUCAAAACUUUUUUAAAUAAAGAGUUCAAUGUGA